AUGACCCUCGGCAGUUCCGAAGCGUUUCUUCAGUCAUAUCAAAUCUCGCCUCACAAUCACAAUGCUCACAAGAUACCUGAUGACAUCGAUCUUGAAGGAGGGACGUUAAUCAGCGUCGAAGAGGUGGGUUAUAAUAAUAUUUUUUAUAAUAAUAUAUCUUUAAUAAACAGGCCUUAUAAAAGUUAUUUAGAUUAGAAAAAUUUAAAUUCAAAAUUUUUUUAACAAAGAAAAAACGUUUUUUUAUGCAACAACCUACUACAAUAUAACGUUACUAAAAUACUAGUAAAAGCAAAACUAACUAAAAAUUUUGGACAAAAAAUGCUGUGAGAGCUCAACUUUUGCAAUAACCAUAUAUAACGUUUAAAUUCGCCUUUGAUGUAUUCAAAUUCUUAUAAAAACUUUUCGUCUUCCGAAUUCCCGUAGCGAAAUUCCUUGUUUUUUGUUUCGGAAGCCAUUUUUUGAAUGAAAAAACGUUUCUUAAAUUACUUUUUGACUGUUUUGGAUUAAUUUUGACUGAAUACCGAAACAGUAUACCAUUUAAAUAUUGCACCAAAAAGACUUCGAAGUUUCGCUCCCAAAAAUAAUAACGGAAAAAUCAAAUGUGACACUUUGUUAGCGUAAAUUUUAAUAAAAAAUUAAAAGAAUUGAAGAAAAAUAUUAUAAUACUACAAGAACUUUGUUUACAGUUCGAAGAGAUCGACCCGAUUGACAGUUGCAAAGUCUUCGUGACCAGAUACAAUGUUCAAUCAGCUGACGGCACGGAAGAGAGCACCUUCACCAAGAAGAGGAAGAUCAGAGUCAAUUGUACUGAAAGCGUGCAAAGAAUUGAGUAUUCUAGAGGCAAGGAAUCUAAGUUUGAGGAGGAAACAUUGGUUUACAAUCCAAUUGAGGCUUUGAAUGGAAGACAACAUCCAAAUGACUUGAGGUUGAUCCAGAGUUAUGGCAACAAGGUAAGUUGAAAAUGAGCGUUUGAAUCCGUACAUUUUGUAUUUUUUAUAUCAUAAUUGUUCUGAAAACUGAUAUUAUCAAGUUUUAUAAGGUUAAAUAUAUAAAUCAAAAGUUAAAUUGAAAAUAUAUUAAUCAUGGUCUUUAGGACAACCUGAGCCAAGUAUUCCUCAAAACUCAAGACCAGUUGAUGCAGAUGAUCCAACAGAAAAAGGACAACUAUGUGGACACAUUCCCCGAACUAUUCGCCAAUCUCAGAUCUCAGCCCGCUAUUUUGGGCGACAAUCCCUCAACAUACCAAGAAGUGGUCGUGAAUCCAGACGGCUCCACCACAGUACGAACCAAGUCUUCGAAAGCCUUUUCUUCACAUUACACUAGACAAGAAACCUAUCUGAAUGGCGUGAGACAAGAUACCAAGUGUAAAUUCAGAGCUUUUAUGGAGUACGCUGGCCCAGAAGGGGGAUUCAAGAUCAAAGUCAAGGACAAUCCAGAUGAUGAUCUGUCAGAAGACGAAGGGGAAACGGAUUCUCUGUCUUUGAUCAGCAGAUUGAGUCGAUCCUGUUUGUCAGAUGUUCAUGAUACCCAGUCAGAAGUGUCUGACGAUCGUUCGGCUUUGGUUGUGCAUGAUAGAAAUGUCCCUACGAUAAGAAAAGAUCCCCUAAAGCGGUAUGAGAAGGCAUGGCACGCUGUGAAUGAGCUCGUGGAGAGUGAGAACAGAUACGUACAGAAGUUGUUCUUGUUGGACAGAGUAGGUUAUUUUUAUUUGUUUGUAAAUUGCUACACUAAAAAGCGAUAAGUUAAGAUUUUUUAUUUUAAUUACAUUUUGUGUAUUUAUAGUUAUGAAAGUUGUCAUUACAAUUACACUUACUGUAUUUUUUUAGUUCCGCGAAGAGAUGGAGAAGGAAAAACUGCUGGAUAAACGUCAAAUGGGACUAUUAUUUGCCAAUACCGCCAGUUUGUACCGUUUCCACAAUGACCAUCUACUACCUCAGCUCAUGGAUCGACGGAGGGAGUGGGGUAACACUAGAAAGUAAGUUAUAUCAGUAUACUUUUCCUGUUUUCCUUAUGGUUGCUCAUCGUAAUGUAGACCUAAUAUUAUAAUUUUUGUAGGAUCAGUGACGUUAUCAAAAAGCAAGGGCCGUUUUUGAAGAUGUAUUCAGAAUACACGAACAACUACAAGAAUGCUACGAGUGUAUUCGAAGAGGCGAUGAGACGAAAACGGAAGUUCGAAUUCAUCGUUCGAAAACUUGAGGUAUGGUACUGUUGGUGCAAUCAAACUAAUCUUUUCGUAUAUUAUGUUUACUGUAUUUUAAACUUUCAUUUUAUUUUAGAUAUGUCUAUUAUAUUAUACUUUAUUUAAGAAGCUACCUGAAUGCGAGAACAUGUCCCUAGUGUCCCACCUGAUCUGCCCCGUCCAACGUGUAAUGCGGUACCAGUUGCUCCUGAAAGAAUACCAGAAAUACCUCGAACAUUCCGACCCCGACUACGAGGACACGGAACAAGCACUGGAACUUGUAGUAGGUGCUGCAUCUCAUGCCAACGAGAUGAUGCGCAAACUCGACCGUUAUCGUAACGUACUCGAGGUGCAAGAGAUGCUCGGGGGUUCUAUCUCUUUGGUAUCACCUUCUCGUGAGCUUCUGAAACGCUCCAAACUCUCAAAGAUCUCAUCGUCGACGGGCAAGUGCGAGGAACGGUUACUGUAUGUUUUCAACGAUCUCAUUCUACUGACUAGCGAGAGGACUAUUGGAUUGGGUAGCAAAUUGAAGUUACGAGCUGUUUUUGAUCCUAUUUAUACUCAGGUAAGGUAAUAUAAGAGUCAAAGGAGGAUAACGUAUUAUUAUUACCUAUAUUUAAUCAUUGCUGUGAAAUUCCUACUGUAACGUACCAUAUACCUUUAGAUAUGCGAAGGCGACAACCUUGAACGUGAACAUUCCUUCUACCUUAGAGGUGCUGACCAUGCUGGUGGUCCUUCUCGUUGCGUCGAACUCUUCUGUAAUACCCACAACGACAAGUCAAGUCUGAUUGAUACGAUUUGGACAGUAAUCAGUGAUAGUCAUCAACGUAAAAACUCGUUUAAGUUGACGGCGAUCCCUCCUAAUAUUGCAAAUAUGACGGAAGACAAGAAGAGUUGUGCCAGAUGUGAUGAGGAGUUCCCAUGGUACGCGAGGACUGGAGUACAAUGUUGUCAAUGUCAUCGGAAGUACUGUAAACGGUGCUUCAACAACAAUGGCAAAAAGUCGCGGAUUUGUGACGCUUGUGGCAGUGUUAAUGAGGAGGUGGGUUAAUCUGGGACAUUACCCUAAUUUUUCCUUUUACUGGGCAAGGUAUUGUACCAAUUAUCAGAAAUUACUAUACUUAUUUUAUUACCUGACUUUCAGAACGACAACAAUAAUCACAACGUACCUGGCCGGCAGAAUGUGUUGGAUAUACCAGCUGAUACAUAUGACAUCAUCAAAGCGUCUAACGUCAAACUGAAGUCAAGUUCAGGGAAGAUUCUAGAGCGUUACUUUGUAUUGAGGAAGAACUUCUGUUUGUACUCUUACAACAACAAGAAGGUAAUUAUUUGUACUGUUAUGUCAUGUUCUACUAUAUUUUACAAAGCUUACUAUAAAACAAUUAGUGAAAUAGCUAAAAAUAGAGUUCUAGCUACAAUUUCCAUUUUCACUAACUUAAUAUGGCAGUAUUAGUACUAAUUUUUGUAAAAUACGAGAACAGAUUGGUGAUGUUAACCCCUUCAGGACUCAUGUGCCCUUUCCAUGUUACCCAUCUCUGGCUGCGAAGUGUCACCUGGAAACGAAACUCGAACCUUGCUUAUCAAACAUCUCAGAAGAACGUAUACGGUGUUACUAGAGAAUGAUACUGACCAUACUGAGUGGAUGGCAGCUCUGAUACUAUCAGCUAAUGCUAUGAUACCUGGAGUCGAAAACUAG